AUGCCUCUCGGAAGGGCUCAACUUCGCUUUACCCGUACUGUUGCAGACAAUAGUUUGUCACUGGUUUAUUUGUUCUUUAAGAUUUCUAAAAAGUUUCAUAUAUAAUUAAACUACUGUGUGUUAGCUUUAUGGUUGUGAGAAGAACAAAACUGGAAGAUGCAGAAACUGGGUGACAAGUUUGAUUUGAAAGAGGCUGAGAUUAUAGCGGGACGAAGAAACUUGGAAUCACAGAGGCAGAACAGGAUUUUUAAUGCCAGAGUCAGAACAAUUGGGAUUGAUAAACAGGCAUUGGAUGGCCAAAUCAAAGAUAAGAAAAUUCAUGAAGAGACAGAGGCUAGAAAACAUUUAGCCUAUGCUAAGGAUUUGAUUCGCCAUGACCAAACAAUGUGCCUCCUGGAUGCUCGGCACAAGCGUGAUGUGAAGAAUUUAAACAAGGCUAUUGGUGAAUUUCGUAUAUGCUACCAGAAACCUGAAACACGUCGUGAAUUUGAUCUGAAUGAUCCACAAGCUUUAAAAAAAGAUGUUCCUCCCCGAAUUUCAGAUACUGAUCCUCGUUGCACUGUAUCCAGUAUACAGAAGCUACCUGGGGAAGAUUUACAACGACAAGAACGGAUUAAACGUCAACAGGAACAAACCAGGGAGUGGUUACUUGCACAGCAGAAAGAUUUGAAGAAUGCUUUGGAAGACCAGAACUUUGCAAAUAGCCUGUAUAAUAAAUAUAGGAUAGCUCAGGACCAAAGAGCUUGUGAACUUCAACAAAUGGAAGAAGAUAUGAAGAGAGCAAUUACUGUGGCAACAAAAGAUUUUAACCAGGCACAGGCAACUGAAUCUGCUACAAGACGUAAACUUGAAAAACUCCAAGAGCAAGAAGAUAAUGCAAUUGACAUUCUAAACCAAAUGCACAGUGAUUUCUUAACAGAAGACCCAAAACAGGCAUUUAGUGCUUUUGGACCAAAUCGAGUCAUUGUACAUCGCUGGAAAGGAAUGACACCAGACCAGAUAGAUGAUGUUACUCACAAACAGAAGCAACAGGUCCAGGAAAAAAAGAGACUACAGGAAGAAGAGCGUCAGCGCAAUGCAGAAUGGGAAAGGAUGCGCAGCAACGAUGCUCGGGCAGCUGUGCUUCUUGAACGACAGCAGCAGCGAAUGAAUCGGCAACUUCGGAAGGAAAUGGACUGCCAAAACAUACUGCUGUGCAGGGAUCAUAAGGCACGGGAAAAAUUUCUGAAAAAUGAGGUCUACGUGAAUGCUCCAACUGGAAAAUAUUUCGAUCAAUUUAACACAUCCAGCCGUUGAUAUGGAAUAAAAGAUUAUCUUCUACCACAUUCCAAUAUAUAUCAAGAAAAUAUUUCACUUUUUGUUCUCAUUAAGAAUAUUUUCCUAUUGAAAGAAGCACCAUAAG